AUGGCAGUAGAUAUCCUGCCUGAGAAGCUGCCAGCAUUUACUAAUAUGAGAAAAUUGGCUGUGGCAUCGGCAAAAGGAAGAUUAGAAAGUCUAGUGCCAUUCACUAUUCUUCUAAAGGCUGCACCUUUUUUGACAGAAUUUGGCUUUAGUGAUUGUGAAAUUGGACCAGCAAUGAGUAAAGCCACAUGUUCCAGCUACCCGCGUAGACAUCUUAAGGAAGUGAAGAUGUCUGGAUUCUAUGGUCAUGCUAUUACUAUAGAACUCGAUGUUGCUGUAUGCUUGCUAAGAACUGCCUUUUUUCUUGAGAAGAUGGAACUUAAUACCAAACAAAAGUACUAUGUUGGGGAUGGUAAUACGAUCAGGGAAGGGAAGUGA